UUGCGUGUAAAAAAUCAAAAACAAAAUGAUUUGCCAUCAACUCAUGAAUGCUCAUUGCAGUCCGAAGAAGAGAAAUGGGAACUGAUUGGUAGUCGAACUUAUAAUUGGGAAGGAUCAUCUGUAUUACGAUGUCGUCAUUGGGAUGAAGUAGCUGUAAGAUGGCAUCUGUCAACUUGUGGUUCACGUCAUGCUAAACGUCAUUGUGAAGGAGGGACAAAUGCUCAUUUAGCAACACAUGCACAAGAAUAUCAUGAACUGCCUCGUUGGGAAAAUGCAUUCACAUACGUUCAACUGCCAACUGAUAUAGAACAUGAUCAUAAUCAAAUAUUACAUUUGGGUAUGGAUGGUUAUGAUAACCAUGUUAUGAACUUGACAAGUAUCACUCCAUUGAAGAUUGAUGUUGAUUGGAAAUGGACAAAAGAUAAGAAUGAUUGUAAUCACUUUACUGUUAGAAUGUCAGCUAUGAGCACGAUUGAGAAACAUCGCUUAGGAGAGUUAGAACAGUUCUGUCGCGCAUUCGAUAAGGAUGGAUUCGUCAUAUGUGAUAAUUUAUGA